AUGUCGCGAUAUGGACCAGAAGAUCCUUUUGUAUUGCAUUAUCAGCACAGUCAUAUAUCACGCAAGGCGUGGGCAGGAGAGGAAACAACCUCUUUCAAUAUUCGGCGCUUUGAGGGACAUUUCUGGGAAAUCGAUAAUCAUCACAGACGCGUGAUUGAUUAUGUCUGUAGAUUUGGUUUAGGUGGAGUUCUUUUCUGUGGUAAGGCUCUGGAUGUAGAUCAUGCUUUGAUCACAGCAUUGGUUGAGCGUUGGAGGCCAGAGACACAUACAUUCCAUCUUCCCGUAGGGGAAACUACCAUUACAUUACAAGACAUUCAAGUAUUAUGGGCUUUACGUGUAGAUGGAGUACCCUUCACAGGAAAUGGGUUUUGUGAAACUGGGUGGAGGGGUUUAUGUGAAGAGCUCUUGGGCUUCUAUCCCCUUCAAAACGAGAUGAAGGAAAACGGUAUCUUGGCAUCCGCGCUAAUACAUAGGAUGAUGAUUGAACCGUUAGAAGAUGGUCUCGAAGACGAAGCCUACAUUCAACGGGCACGUAUGAUUGUGCUUGUGCUAUUGGGAGGGUUGAUCUUACCCGACGGCUCAGGGUGUAAGAUACCUCUCAUGUGGUUGACCCAACUUCGAGAUGUAGAGGCCGCCUCUAUGAUUAGUUGGGCGAGUGCUGCACUUGCUACAUUAUACCAUAAUCUUUGUGAGGCGUCCAUGGGCAAAAGGACAGACAUUGGAGGUCCGACAGUGCUCCUACAGCUUUGGGUGUGGGUGAGAAUGCCCACUUUGAGACCGGAUUUUGUAUCGGCACGUAUACAUACAAACAACACUCCAUGUGCAUUAAUGUAA